GGACUACUCUAUAAGAGGCCAAGGAGAAGACAAACUAGGCCAUCUUGAGCUUCAUCUGUGACUUGCAUGGAGAGAAUGAGUAACCUACAAAACAAGUGUUUUUUUGCUAUUGUGAUACUCUUUUUAGCUGGUGUGACAGAGAUCAAUGGAGAAUACAUAACCUGCACAAGCAAGAAAAGUAGAUGCUUUCUGCGACCAUUAAAGUGUCCUGCAGAAUGCCCAUCAAAAUCUCCAAGUAACCCGAAGGCCAAAGUUUGCUAUGUCAACUGCAAUUCCCCGAUGUGCAAGCCUGAGUGCAGAAACAGGAAGGCGAAUUGCAAUCAUCCCGGAGCAGCAUGCUUGGAUCCUCGCUUCAUUGGUGGAGAUGGAAUUGUCUUUUUCUUCCAUGGCAAGAGCAAUGAGCAUUUCAGCUUAGUUUCAGAUCUUAACCUCCAAAUUAAUGCCCGUUUCAUUGGCUUGAGACCCGCUGGUAGACCCCGAGACUACACAUGGAUUCAAGCUCUUGGAAUCCUCUUUGACAUGCAUGCUUUCUCGGUGGAGGCUGCCAAGGUAGAGUCUUGGGAUGAAGAGGUUGAUCAUCUGAAAUUCUCUUAUAACGGAAAGGAGCUAAGCUUAGAACAAGGCUAUCCAUCUAUAUGGGAAUCUUCUGAAAGCGGCAUUAAAGUAGAAAGAACUUCAAGCAAGAACGGUGCUAUGAUCACACUUCCAGAAGUUGCAGAAAUUUCAGUUAAUGUAGUACCUAUUACCAAAGAAGAUGACAGGAUUCACAACUAUCAGUUACCUUCUGAUGACUGCUUUGCUCACCUGGACGUGCAGUUCAGAUUCUAUGGCCUCUCAACAGAGGUUGAAGGCGUUCUUGGCCAGACUUACCAGCCAGACUUUAAGAAUCCAGCAAAACCAGGCGUUGCAGUGCCUGUAGUGGGAGGUGAAGACAAGUACAGAACUUCAACCCUUUUGUCUUCAAAAUGUAAUUCGUGUAUCUUUGCUCCAGCUGGAGUAAUGAAAGAAUCAGACCCCCUAGUCAUGGAUUUUGGGACUUUAGAUUGUACUGGAGCAUCAAGCAGCGGCCAUGGAAUAGUUUGCCGAAAAUGAGCACCCAAUUGGGAUAUUAUUUCUUUUGUAGUUGUCAGUUGCAGAUAAUAAAAAGUUUUUAGUUCCAGUAAUCUACAGCAAAGCAUGGAUUUCUAGUUCUUAUUUA